CGCCAUAUUAUUCAUGCCGGGCAAGAUGGCGGCGAUACGGCCGAGGUAUUAUUGCCAGUGGAUAUGAACAGGCAUUUUGAUCAUAGUAUAAAACGGAAUAAGAGAUAUUCAUGGUUACGAAUAGAACAGUAUAGCAUUGCUGUAACGCCGGCGUCUAUACUAGUUUGGAUUUCUGCUUUUCUAGGUGUUUUUUAACCAGAAUGUUCAGGUUGUAGCUCGCUCCGACCGAGCAGCUAGCUCACCGAGGCUAGUCCGGCAGCUAGCUACCAUCACAGAGAAAGCGGAGAAUGGGAGAAAAGCUGGAAACUCAAAAACUCAAGUCGCCGGUCGGAGCCGAAGCCGCUGGCUACCCUUGGCCGUUACCAGUAUACGAUAAACACCAUGACGCCGCCCAUGAAAUCAUCGAGACCAUCCGAUGGGUGUGUGAGGAGAUUCCAGACCUCAAACUGGCGAUGGAAAACUAUGUACUCAUCGACUACGACACAAAGUGCUUUGAAAGCAUGCAGAGACUUUGUGAUAAGUACAACAGAGCCAUCGACGGCAUUCACCAACUGUGGAAGGGGACGGCCAACAUGAAGCUGAACAAGAGGCCCUCCAACGGGCUGCUGAGGCACAUCCUGCAGCAGGUGUACAACCACUCGGUCACCGACCCCGAGAAGCUCAACAACUACGAGCCCUUCUCGCCCGAGGUGUACGGCGAGACCUCCUUCGACCUGGUGGCGCAGAUCAUCGGCGAGAUGGAGAUGAUGGAGGACGACACCUUCGUGGACCUCGGCAGCGGUGUCGGCCAGGUGGUGCUCCAAGUGGCGGCAGCAACCAACUGUAAGCACUACUUCGGGGUGGAGAAGGCAGACAUCCCCGCCACAUACGCAGAGUCCAUGGAUAAAGAGUUCAAGAAGUGGAUGAAGUGGUACGGGAAAAAGCACGGCGAAUACACGCUUGAAAGGGGGGAUUUUCUCUCUGAAGAAUGGAAGGAAAGGAUUGCCAACACCAGUGUUAUAUUCGUGAAUAACUUUGCCUUCGGUCCGGAGGUCGACCACCAGCUGAAGGAGCGUUUUGCCAACAUGAAGGAAGGUGGAAAAAUUGUAUCCUCAAAACCGUUUGCACCUCUAAAUUUUAGAAUAAACAGUCGAAACUUGAGCGAUAUCGGCACAAUAAUGCGGGUCGUCGAGCUGUCUCCUCUCCGGGGAUCGGUGUCCUGGACAGGGAAACCGGUCUCCUACUACCUGCACACCAUAGACCGAACCAUACUUGAAAACUAUUUUUCUAGCCUGAAAAAUCCUAAACUCAGGGAGGAGCAGGAGAUAGUGCGGCGGCGGCAGCAGAAGGACACCAAGGACAGCAAGAGCAACAGCACUACACCCACCAAGCCCAAAGAGCCGACCAAGGUGCUACAGCAGGAUUCCUGCGGUGAGGAGGAGGAGCCUAGCCCGGUGGCACUGAAGGCGUCGCCCAAGCCGCGGCGGGCCCGGCUGCUCUCCAAGGGCCGCAAGCUGAACAACAAGAAGCGCGGGCGGCCCAAGAAGGCGGCGGCGGCGGCGGUGGUGGUGGCGGCGGUGGUGGCGGCGGAGCGCAAGAACAACAAAAAGGGCCAGAGCGCACUGGACCUGCUGCACGCCAAGACCCUCUCCGCGGCACCCCCUCAGGAUGCGUACCGGUCUCCUCAGACUCCCUACUACCAGCUACCUCCCAAGGUGCAGCACUACGCCUCUAGCCAGCUGCUGAUGAGCCCCACUCCUCCAGGCCUGCAGCAUCUACUGGACAACAUCAAGGUCCAGUACCUGCAGUUCAUGGGCUACAUGAAGACGCCGCAGUACCGGUCCAACCUGCAGCAGCUGCUGGAGCAGGAGAAGCUGAAGCAGCGUGAGCUCUCAGGACAGGCGGAGAAUCUCCACUCCGUGUGCGAGUCCCACCGGGAGAAGAUCAAACGGCUGUUCCAGACCAAGCUGGACGAGCUGGGGGUGAAGGCUCUGACGGUGGAGGACCUCCUGCAGGCGCAGAAGGAGAUCUCUGCCCACAACCGGCAGCUGAAGGAGCAGACCAAGCAGCUGGAGAGGGAGAUGUCUGAGCUACGGGACCACAGCCUGCUCCUGCUGAAGGCUCGUUGUGAGGAGCUGCGCUUGGACUGGGGAUCUCUGUGCCUGGAGAGCCUGCUGAAGGAGAAGCAGGCACUGCGGAGGCAGAUCUCGGAGAAGCAGAGGCACUGCCUGGAGCUGCAGAUCAGCAUCGUGGAGCUGGAGAAGAGCCAGCGGCAGCAGGAGCUCCUCCAGCUGAAGUCGUACGGGCCGUGCGACGGCUCCCCCUACAGGAAGGGGCUGGACCCGCGGCAGGGCCUGGACGCGGACCCCUCCAAGAUGCUGCUGUCCUCGGGCCCCGCCCACAACGGCCUGGGCGCCGAGGUCAACGGCGCCAAGGGGGACCUGCUCACGCGCUACCUGCCCGCCAUCGCCAUGGAGCACGAGGCCGCCCCCAACGGGCGGGUCGCGCGCCACCUGGGGGUCUGCCACGCCCUGCCCGACUACACCCGCUUCUCCCCGGCCAAGAUCGCCCUGCGGCGCCACCUCAACCAGGACACGUCGCUGCAGCUGCGCGGCAUGGCGCUGGCCACUCACAGGGGGGAACAGUGUGGUGUGAUGUCACCCCUGGGGGCAAAGCUCAACUGUCCCUCUCCCAGCUCCUCCGACGGCCACAACGGCACCCCCAAGGCCUCCGACAGGGGUGGGAAGGAGAAGAGUCCGUCUGGGCUGGGCGGGGACCCCCCCAUAAAGAGCCUGCCCAUCAGUAUCCCCCUGAGCACCGUCCAUCCCAGUAAGCUGCCAGUCAGCAUCCCGCUGGCCAGUGUGGUGCUGCCCAGCAGAGCCGAGAGAUUGAGGAAUACUCCCAGUCCUGUGUCUCAGACGGGACAGACCAACGGCUUCUGUUCUGGCUCAGGGCUGAUGAACGGCGGCUGUCACUCUGACGACCACGACGGCGCCUCUCCCUCCCCUCACCCCCACGCCAACGCCUGCCCGGCGGGCCCGCCCGCCGCCGGCGGGGGGGUGCUCCACUACGCCGACGGGCCCCCCCGGAUCCCCCCCGAGGACCUCCCACCGGGGGCGGAGUCGGACGCCGAGCCGCAGGACGGCGAGUCCCGCCGCCGCAUCUUCUUCUCGUCCUCGUCCUCCUCGUCCUCGUCCUCCUCUUCCUCGUCGUCCCUGGGGGGGGCGGCGGCGGCGGCGGCGCGGCACCACCACCACCACCAUCACCACGGCAACAACAACAGCAACAACAACGCCGGCAAGCAGGGUCAUCACGGUAGCCACGGAAACAACCACCACCACCACAAUCACCAUCAGCACCACUCCCAUCAUCAGUCGCCCGGGGUUCAACAACAGCAGCAGCAGCACGCACACCCCCCCACCCCCCCGCUGCACGGGACGGGGGCCCAGGAGGGUCGGAAGCGCGGGCGGAGGAAGCGCAGCUCCGCGGGGGCCGCCUCGGCCGCCAGCGUCUCCCCCAAGAGGAGGUCGUUCCACGGGCUGGGGACCGGCAGUCACCCGUCAGGCUCCCCGCUCAACAUCAACACCAUGGUGAACAACAUCAACCAGCCCCUGGAGAUCUCGGCCAUCUCGUCCCCGGAGCAGGGCAGCCCGGCCCCCGGGGACCGGGAGCAGCCGCCCGUCCUGAAGCGGGAGCGGCCCCUGGAGCCCAACGGGACGGGCGCGUACUCCUCGGCCCCCAGCUCGGACGACGACGGCGACUCGGGCUACCCCGCCGACACCUCCAGCUCACGAAUUGAAAGGAAGAUUGCCACCAUAUCGUUGGAGAGCAGAGACGGUCCCAGCAGGACCGGAGAGGGAGGAGAGAGAGGAAGGAAGUCUGGUGGCAGCAGUGGCCACAGCACCGGCAGCGACGCCUCCUCCUCCUCCUCCUCCUCCUCUUCCUCCUCCUCCUCCUCCCUCUGCUCCACCAGCAAGUGGAAGUCCACCUUCUCCCCCAUCUCCGACCCCAAGCACCCGGGCUCCGACAUGAGGCAGGGGGGCUCCCCCUUCGGCCUGGGGGCCCCCUGCCGCGGCCCGGACACCGACCCCUCGGACCACAAGCAGCAGCAGCAGGGCCGGAGGGGCAGCGAGGGGGAGGCGGCCACCUUCUCCUCCUCCAACCCCUUCCUCAGCCAGGAGGUGGUGCUCCGGGGAGGGGGUGGGGGAGGUGGAGGAGGGUCCCAGGGCGGCGGCGGCGGCGGUGCGGACCAGCGCCAGAGCUUCCAGAAGCAGAAGGGGUCCCGGGACUGGGAGCUGAAGGGCGCCGGCGGCGGCGGAGGCCUGGCCGGCCAGAACCUGUUCAUGGCCGCCGCCAGCGGGGGCGGAGCCGGGGGCGGCGGCGGCCGGAGCGGGAAGGCGGGCGGCGGACCCGCGGCGGCCUCGUUGGCCUCGGGGCCGGGGGGCCAGUACCUGGGGGCCCAGUUCUCCCUGGGGGGGCCGACCGUGCUGCAGUCGCUGUUCGGCGCCCAGACGGGGGCGCCCACGGUGAACAGCGGGGCGCGGCUGGUCAACGGCCACUGCUCCAUGGGGGGCUUCUCCAGCGCCGGGCUGGCCGGCGGAGCGGCGGGAGGUAUCUUUCACCACGUGGUGCCCUCCGUGUCGUCCCAUCAGUUCGGCAGCACGCUGCCCGUCCCCGGGGGCCUGGGGCCCCUGCUCGGCCUGGCCUCCUCCGCCUCGGCUCCCGCCCAGCAGCACGCCGCCGCCCCCCCCCCGGCGGGCUCCGCGCGGCUGGCUGCGGGCUCCGCCUCCUCCCUGUCCCAGGCACAGCAGGGCCGCACUCAGUCGGUCCUGCAGGGGCCCCCCUCCAAGCCCGGCGGGGGCGCCGGCUCCCUGCCGCCGCCGCCGCCGCCGCCGCACUGCGCGGCCCCCGCGCCCGCCUCCUCGGCGCCACACCUCCAUCUCGCGGGCCCCCCCUCGUCAUGCGCCUCCUCCUCCCACUACUCCUCCCUGCAGCACCAGCGAGCUCACUCCUCCCUCUCCUCCUCCACCAUCCCCCCUGCUUCUGUGUCCGCUGCCGCCGCCGCUGCCACAGCCUCCCACUCCUCCUCCUCCUCCUCCUCCGCCGCCUCUUCCUAUGCUCGGCCCUUCUCGGGGCACUACCCCCCCCGCCCGCCCCCCCCUCCGCCCGCAAGCAGCAGCAGCUCCGCGGGGGCUGGGGCUGGCGCGUGGAGGACUCAGAGUGUGACCGGCUCCCAAGGUGCCGCGCAGCUCUCCGGCAACCGACCCAGAUAGGGGGGUGCGAGGGGGGGGGGGGGGGGGGGGUUUAGGCGGGGCGGGGUGGAGGAGCCCAGGAGUUUGUCGAGCAAUCAGAGGAAGAGGGACAGUGAGUCUGGCUCUGGCCCCCCGCGGUUCUGCCUCAGAACAGGGUAACUGAUGAAAACUACCUCAACCCAACGUAACCUAUGCAACCGGGACGCUCACCGUACCUACCGAUGCUUCAGAACGCCUCCAGACCCACCGCCUCGAGACCGGCCACCGGACUGGGAUGUAACACGUCUGCACCACUCUAUUCUCUCACACACACACACACACACACACACACACACACACACACACACACACACACACACACACACACACACACACACACACACACACACACACACACACACACACACACACACACACACACACACACACACACACACACACGCAGGCAAACACGCACAUUCUCAGACACGCACCCAGACUUCCAAAGCAUAAAUCGUGCUUACAAGUGAUGAAAUUAAUGUCUAGAUGAAUACAGAUGUGUCUGUAGUUGGUGGUGCUUACAGGAAUUGAACUGUCGUAACAUUACAUUGCGGUGCUCUAAGAACUAGUUUGGUAUUAUUUUUUGUCUGUCAUGAUUAACCCAUGGCUCUGAUUUUGCUUGAAUGGUGCAUUUAAUUAUUCAAGAA